UAUCCAUCACAGCAGGUUGCAGAAGUUAAUUCUGUCUCUCAAUCAGGAGCACCAGCUACACCUGCAACUACUGCUGCUGCCGGUGUUGACCCAAAUAAACAAGCUGCUCAACCUAUAUCAUCAGCUUCUCAGGUUCAGAAUCCNACCAACAACAGUAUCAGCAAUACUAUCAGCAGUAUGCUGGAUAUGACCCUUACCAGCAAUCUUAUCAACAGUACUAUCCCUACCAACAACAAGGUGUGCAACAAUAUCAGCAAUACCCAUCACAUGCUCAAGGGCAAACCCAGCCUCAAGUGUAUACCCAACCUCAGCCCCAGGCUCAACCACAAUCUUUUCCCCAGGUGCAACCUCAACCAACUGCCCAAUCUCAGCCUCAAGCCCAGGCUCAACCACAAGUGCAAGUGCAACCCCAUCUACCCAUUCAACCCUCAACAACACAACAUCAGAACCAAAAUCAAACCAACCAACAACAAUUACUUCAGCCUCAUGUACAAUCACAUGCACAAGUUCUACCGCAUUCUUAUCCACCCUCUCUAGGUCAGCCACCUCAGACCUACCCAGUGCAGCCACAUCCACAAGGACUGCAACACGUGCAGGUCCCUCCUUACCAACAGCCUUCUGCACAAAUGCCUAAUGCACAGCCUCCUCUGGCCUUACCACAUCAAAAUUCACACCUUCAACCACAACCUAGUGGGCACCCUCCUCAGCCUAGCCAGCCUGUUGUUCCCAUUGCCCAGCAUCAGAACCCACUUCAAGCACCUCAUGCACUCACAGGGCACCAAUCCUACCCACAAAUUCAACACCAAACCCCUGUGGGAUCUGUGGCAAGUGGGUCUUUCCCUUCUGCCCACACCCAAAAUCAGGCUAUGCAGCAACAGCCUAUGAUGCGCCCUCCGCCGGCUCCUAGUUCAAAUCAACAACAUGGUAUGCUACCUCCUCAAGGUCAAUUCGUUUCUCACCAAUCCAUUCAUCACUCCAACAGUCAAUAUCCAAGCCUUCCAGUUCAAUCACAUCUUCCUCAGGCAACUCAACAACCGGUGUCUCAGCAGUAUCCACAGCACCCAUUUUCUGGUCCAUAUCCAAGUCAGUCACAGCAGCACGGUCCAUCCUUGCAACAACCAUCUCACAUCCAUCAUUCAGGUCCUCAGCAUAUGGCACUUCAAACUUCUCAUGCCCCUGUCCAGUCACAGCCAAAUGCCGCCUUAGGUCCCGGCCCCGUUCCUGGUAUGAAUCCUCAACCGCCUCAAAAUUAUUUUGGAAGAGCAGUGCCUCUUGCACCUAGCGGAUCUGGUGCUGCACCUCCAGUUCUUACUGUGCAGCAUGGCUUAAACCAACCACCUGUUAGUCAAAUUUAUUCAAAUUCCGUGAAUAACCAAUUGCAAGUUUCCAUAGAUCAAAAGAAAUCUGUAGCACUCGAGGGGCAAGUUGUUCCCUCAUCUGCAAAGCCUGAACACACUGCAGAAGCCACAAUAAUAUCCCAAAACAAUGCUGACAAGGAUUCCAGUGUUAUUGGAACUGAAUCCUUUGAAACUAAGGUUGCAAAAAUGGAAACAGGCCCUGGCAACAAACAAGAUUCCAUGAAGGAGUGCGCUAAAAGUGAUCAAGCUGAUAAAGGAAAUUCUAAUGACCCUGUACUGAUGCAAACUGUUAAGGAAGAACGUAGUGAGAAUGCUUUGGCGCAGUCAUCUGGUGCAAAAUCAGCUGAUACUGAAGGCGUGAUAGAGAGAGCCUCAUCUGGUAGAGUGCCUGAUCAUUUUCAUCAACAUAGAAGUUUUGAAGUACAGUCCAACACUUCUCAGGGAUUCCCUUCAAGUGCUUUACCUUUUGGCUCAGUUGGAAUUCGAGAUGGUAUGGGAGGAGCACAACCAUCUGGACCUAAAGGUCACUUUGUUCCACAUCAUGCCCCUGUAAAUGUUUCUGAAAAUCACUUUGGGCAGCAGUAUCCUGCUAAUAAGUUGGAAGCUGAAAUGUUUCAUAAAAGAAGAAUGAGUGGCUUUGAUAGAGGCCUUCCGCAUCACAAGGAAUCUUCUCAUGGUGAGAGGUUGAAAAUGUCAGUUCCGGAUCACUCGGGAACUUUGUCAGCAGAACCUCAUUGGCCACAUGAUCAAGCUGGACUGGGUCCAUUUGACAAAGGUCCGGGUGGCUUUGGCUAUGAUGGUAAUGCUGUUGCACCAUCAAGGUUAUUACCCUCAUAUCGCCCUCCUGGUGCUCCGUACAUUAAUGAUGGUGCAGAGAGAGUAGUUCGACAUAGUCUUCUUAAUGGAGAGAGAAGAAAUGCUGAUUUUCAACAUAGGCAUACCGAUUUUCCGGGACCAGGAUUUGGUCGUGGGCACAUGGAUCACUUUGCUCCUAGAAGUCCUCCCAGAGAGUACUUUGGCAUGCCGCCCCAUGGGUAUCUUCCUCAUGGUCAUGCCGGUUUUGAUGAUAUGGAUGGCAGAGGACCACAUAUGUUUCCCGGAGGGUCUAGACCUUUCAGACAUCCUUCUAAUCCAGUCAGGGACUCAUUUCACGAUGACAGGUUCCUUCCUCUGCAUCGUCACCCACGGGGAGACUUGGUUGAUGAGCAUAUUCGAGCUGGUCAUCCACACAACUUCAGAGGUGAGGUAUUUGGGAAUGAUCUACCUAAUCAUUUAAGAGGGGCUGAUCCUUUGGGGCGCCGCAAUAUGCAUGCUGGAGAGCCUGUUGGUUUUGGUCCAUUUGCAGGGCCUGGAAGUUUGCCUCGUAUACCUUUUGGUGAAUCAUUUGGGGGAAACAAGACAGCUUUUCCACGACCUGGGGAGCCUGGUUUUAGGAGCAGAUAUUCCCUACAAGGAGUCUCUAAUGAACGAACACAUAUGGAAAGGUGAUGGUGAGCCCUUUGAAAGAUCAAGGAAUAUGAUUUCUUUGAGCAUGGGCUGGUGCCGCAUUUGCAAGGUUGAUUGUGAAACCGUGGAUGGCCUGGAUAUGCAUUCACAAACAAGAGAGCACCAAAAUAUGGCUAUGGAUAUGGUUAGAAGUAUCAAGGAGCAAAACAAAAAGAGACAAAAGAGUCAUGCAGCAGUUGAAGAUGGAGGGAAGAUAAAAAAUGAUGCUUCUGAGGGUGUUGCUAUCAAACCUUGAAUCUAACGGCUUGUUGCAAGGAUUAUAAGUUUUCAUUUCAGGUUGCUGCCCUUUCUCAGGCUUUCAGGAGACGGUGUUGGAAUUUGGAAAAUUGGAAGUCAAGUCCUGUGGCAAUCUUUUCGAUUGAACCUGUCUUUUUUUGGGCGACGCUGAAAAGAGGAAGGAUGCUUUCCACAGAGAAAACUGACAUUUUUUGUUUGGUGGUAAGGGGUGUUGUGACUUGUGAGAAGGCUUUGUGGCAGAUACUUUUUUUGUGCUCAGCUCUAUGCCCAAAUGUAUUGUUGCAAUCUGCCAUUGUACAUUUUUUUUUGGCUUGUGCUAAUGUGGUGAGAAGGCAAACAUUGAUAAUAAAUACGGAGUAUUUGG